AGUGGAAAUGGCAUCCUUUGAUAUUUCUGGUGUACAGAUUCAUUUUGUGCGGAUACACUCUCGGAUAUUGGAUAGCAGCUGUUGCGGAGGCAAAAAACAAAGCAAAAAUGGGAAUCUAUUUGACACACUGGUCGUACACAAUGCUGACAUUGCAUUUCCUAGUAGCAUUUAUAGUAGCUGUUAUCACAUACGUACGAAAACCAGAAGCCAGUGCAGAAUCAGAAAAACAACCCAAAGAGAACUUGGGAUUUGACACAAUUGAAUUAGAGACUGGAGAAACUAAAGCCCCUAAGCAAAACACAACUGAACAGGAUCCAGAAAAAGCUGAGCAUAGUGGAAAGUGCACAUUGGUACCAUGGUAUAUGAUCAUAUCGUGGAUUCUCUAUGAUGUCAUACUAGUUUUUUCAAUUAUAGUAACUGGCAUCUACUUUGGAGCAGUACAUGAUCCCAAAGAUGGCCUCGACCAUUAUAACUUCAACAGACAUGGCCUUAAUACAGUCCUCAUGGUGAUUGAUUUUGUCAUAAGUGGCACACCAAUACGAAUCUUACACAUGAUAUAUCCAAUGAUAUAUGGAUUUAUCUACAUUAUUUUUAAUGUCAUCUACUGGUCAUUUGACAAGAAAAAUAACAUUGUCUACUCCAUAUUAAAUUACAACCCUAAAACCCUGCCAGUGGCCGUGGGUGUUAUACUUGGGUUGUUAAUAGUUGGUAUACCUCUCUUGACAAUCAUCUUUUAUGGACUUUUCAGACUGAAGAGGUGGAUAUAUUUCAAAAUAUACAAGAAAGACUAUGUUUAUUAAGGUGUACCAGUAUAUUCCACAGAUUCAGAAAUUCAGCUUUAAA